AUAUCUAUACUCCUUGGGUCUCUCUAAACAUAAAUAAGCAUACUUAAAAUAGUUUUAAAUUCUUAGUAAAAUUGUAUGACAGUAGUUAAUAAAAGAAAACAGUUUGUUUUCUGUGGCACUUAAGUGUUCUUCUUUUAGUCGUAUUGGUUGAUAUUUUAUUGAAAUAUAUGUAACAUUACCGUCGGUGCCAUGAGACACCCAAGAGCCUCGCCGCGCGUUCAUCUGGACACGAGCGUGUGCUCUCCAUAUGGGGAUACGCUGCAGGACCGGCUGAGUGUGUGCUCGCGCAUGUCAAGCCACUACCGCCGCCUGUACAACUCACGGCCUGUUGUGGAUACAUCACCCCCUUGCUCGUGGGGACUGCUGCGCGGGGGUGUUGGCCGCUGGCAGCAGACACUUGUUGAUGCUGUUGUUUAUGAUUCCCGAAACUCCCCGUCAACAUACAGGUGUGCGUGUGACGGCCGGAAGCACACGUCUGCGGCGAGACCCCUGCCUCAGGUGCUACCUCCACAUGGGCCUCGUAAGCCCAGGCAGUCCUACGACAUUAUGAAGCGCCACUCGCACUGCUUCAUGGUGCCGCGCAAAGCCUUCCAACCUCGCAUAUUGAAGUCUGAAGCAGAGUCCAAAGUACGUGUUAUGCAUACAUAUUGCCGACCUUGUAAUAAGGACAAGAGACCUGUAGUUGGCAAAAAAAUGCUGGCAGACCUGGCGGAGGAAGGGGACUACUCGCGGGACGAGUGGGAGCCGGACGACGUGGAGGAGUUGCGGUCGGCCGAGGAGGGCAAAGUGCGCUCUCACUCCUCGCAGUCGGACGCCAAGGCCUCGAGCUGCGACUCGGCCUACAGUGGUGGGGUGUCGUCAGAUCAAGAGAGUGGUGCUCUUCCUUCGCACCAGAGACAGGAUGAUGUUCACUAUGUGAAGUUCGUCCAUGAUAUAACAGAGGAUGUGCUGCGACGCGGUGUGUUCAGCAACAAGGGCUUGCAGCUGCUGUUCCAACAACACAUCAGCAACAACGAGUCUCACUUGGACAAGGAUCGCAUGGAGACAGAGGUGCGAAAAUUGUCGGAAGACCUGGGCAUGUGCGAGGAAGUUGUGUCGUCGUUUGGCAACCUGAACCUAAUGGUUCUAGAUGGAAGUGCUGGUGGCUUUCUGCAAGGAAACAAUCAUAGAGUGGAACUGCUCCAGACGGGGAUGAAGGGCAGCUUGCACAAUAAUACUGCUAGAGAUGAAUUCUUGUGUCACAACUCUGGAGCAUGUCCUUCUGUGGUGACCGAUCCUGAGAAGCUCUCCCCGCAGGAAAUGGCAGCAGGUGUAGGAUCUCAGAAGUUUAGCUCAGAGGUUGUGGCCAGUGCCUGCAAACGCUGCAGUUGUGAGCAGGAUCUCGACAAACAGCGGUUUUGGACAAGCAUUUCCAGCAGGAAUAGUGCUCAGCCUGCGGCUAACACCUCGGACAAUGAUUCACUGUGACAUACUUUAUUUAAGGAUUGCCCCUCCAUCCAAAUACAAAUAGCCAAUCUUUUUAAUAGAUUCAAUAAAUAUUUAAUUUUGAUAAAUUGAUCUUUAACUAAAUGGAGGUUGGUAAUAGUACUGUUGCUUCAAGCUGAGAAGUAUAAAUUGUUUGUGUUUUGUAAAGAGAAAGCAGUGAAGGGUAGGAAACUAAUGUUUGUAACACAUGGCAGAAUGAUUAAUGAAAUGAGUGUCUAUUUUUUGCUACUUGAUUUACUAAGUGUUUCACUGUUUAUGCGGAUCAUUGCAAAGAUGCUGCUUACUAUGUAAGUCACAAAAUGUUAAUAUUUUUGCUUGAGGUAAAAAAAAUACAUAUUUUUGUAACUACAUGUUUGAACAUUAGUAAGUCUUUAUUUUAUUUUACCUGUUGAAAAUAAUCAUUAUUCCUCGCUGCAAGAUGGAAAUUGUGAUGUCAUUAAUUUGAAGUAGGUACUAUUUCAAUGUAAAAUAAAUAAAAUAACUAAAAGUUUUUAAUAAUUGUUAAAUUGUGUGGGGUUCAUUAAAAUUUUGUUAGAAUUUU